GCCCCCAGGCCGACGACUAUAAGUAAAGCGAGUCGAAGAACAGACUCCAGACAAUCUCCUCUCUCAUCCUCAUCCGAUUCAUCAGUCACUCGCUCACUGUCAUCGUGUAGGGAAGGCGGGAACCUUUCACUUCUUCUCUCAGUCAAUCGCUUUUUACCAUUUUCUCUCAUUUCCCAUCUUACCCCCCUUCUCAGACAUCAUGAGGGUCGCUACCACCGUCGCUGUUGCCGUCCUCGCCGGACUGGCCCAGGCUCAGAUGCUUGUCUCGACCCGUCCGGCCGGCUGGCAGCCGUCGCAGCCCGACUUCCCCCCGGUGCCUCUGGACCCGAAGACCGUCGUCGAGACGACCGUGACCAAGGUCUUUGUGCCCGGCCACGGCCGGCCGACCUGGACUUGGAGCACAAAGGUCGUCACCGUCACCCAGCCUUGCACGACCACCUCGACGACUACCCCUUGCACCACAUCCACCAGGAAGCACGAGCCUACGCCGUGCUCAACUUCCAAGAAGCCUACCACGACGCCUUGCUCGACUUCCAAGAAGGAUACUACGACUCCUUGCUCCACGUCGAAGAAGCCCACUACGACUCCUUGCUCCACGUCGAAGAAGCCCACUACGACUCCUUGCUCCACGUCGAAGAAGCCCACGACUACCCCGUGCUCGACUUCCAAGAAGCCUACCACGACUCCUUGCUUGACCUCCAAGAAGCCCACCACGACUCCUUGCUCUACAUCUAAGAAGCCUACCACGACUCCUUGCACGACCUCUAAGAAGCCAACAACUACCCCUUGCUCUACUUCCAAGGAGCCGACUACCACUCCUUGCUCUACCUCCAAGAAGCCCACUACAACUCCUUGCACAACCUCCAAGAAGCUCACGACCACUCCUUGCACCACCUCAACCAAGAAGACCACCACCCCUUGCGCGUCUUCUACUUCCAAGAAGUCCACAACCACCCCGUGCAAGUCUUCUUCUAGCUCCAAAAAGUCCUCGACCACCCACAAGCCCAAGACGACCUCCAAGAUCGUGACCUCCAGCCACCACCACAACGCCACGACCCCUUGCACCUCAGCCACCAAGAAGGUGACAACCACCCACAAGCCCAGAACCACCACGACCGCCAAGGCCUCGACCUCCGCCGUUGUCGUCGUCUUGUCUUCGCAGAAGGCUGUUCCCCCUUCGUCCAUGCCCGUCGUCGUGGUCUCGUCCCAGCGCGCCGUGCCACCUGCAUCUUCGGCUCCCGUCGUCGUGGCGUCUUCACAGAAGGCUGUACCCGUCACCCCUCAGGCCUCGAGCACACCUUGCCCAACGGUCACCAGAGUCCGUUACCACAACUCUACCGUCACGGCGAACAAGCCUGUCACUGUCCCUUCGCAGCCUCCUUCUCAACCUCCUGCUCAACCUCCUGCUCAACCUCCCGCGCAGCCUCCCGCGCAGCCUCCCGCACAGCCUCCCGCACAGCCUCCCGCUCAACCCCCUACUCAACCCGCUGCUCAGCCGCCCGCGCAGCCUCCUGCUCAACCUCCCGCUCAACCCCCUACUCAACCCGCUGCUCAGCCGCCCGCGCAACCCCCUGCCCAGACUCCGGCGCAGCCUCCCGCCCAGCCGCCCACCACUGGAGGCAAGCCCUCCACGGUCCCCACUGCCGGUGGCAGCUACCUCAAGGCACCUCUCACCCUCGGUGGUGCCCUCAUGGUCGUCGCCUUCUUCCUCUAAGUGUCUCUGUAACUUCACGGAAGACGCUUUUGCAAAGAAGCUUCAGGGGGCGCAGAGGAAGUGGUAUGGCCUGCUGCAGAAUAGCUACUGAAAAGCAGUUACUGGAAAGUAGAAAACUUCUGCCUCCAUCUCUUUCAGGUUUCUUAGCUCCAUUCGAAGGGAAGCGUGUGGAAUGGAGCCGUGUGGCCGUUACAAGGUAGAAAAAGGGGAGAAAAAAGUGUUACAGUGGAAGAGCAUAUAGGAACCAACUUUGGCUUGAGCUUGGAUAAAAGACUUAAUCUGUCAGGUCGUAAUAUCCUGUCGCCCCGCCUUUUGUUCAAGCAUCUCGUCAACUGCUUCUAGUCGUGUAGUUUUUGUAAUAGACUAAAUAGUGAACAGA